AUGGCCCACUCACCACCAUUAAACAUAUAUGCUAUUACAGCAAUGGGCACGUUUGUUGCCACUUACUUGUGGAUCAAAUCUCCUUUGAAGUAUCGGGGGGCAUCUGAGAAUAGACUUAGUCCAAAGGCUGAUCUCGCUUGGAGAGAAGGUGCUCAAAAGUGGCUUGAUAACAAGUCCUGA